AUGGUGCGCAGAAGGACUCCUUCUGAUGCUUCUUCGACUUCUUCUGUUCCGGAAAGACACCAGGAGCUGGAGAGUAUGUAUGAUUACUUGGCUAAAGUCAUUCUCCUUGGGCCAAGCGGCGCCGGAAAAUCGUGUGUAUUGCAUCGAUUCGUGAAAAAUGAAUGGAGAGUGCUAUCGUCACAAACAAUCGGGGUCGAAUUUUCGUCGAGGAUCAUCAAGCUAGGGACCGGCCCACGUCGAACGAGAAUCAAAUUGCAGCUUUGGGACACGGCGGGGACAGAAAGGUUUCGGUCGGUCUCCCGAUCCUACUACCGUGGCGCCGCGGGGGCCAUCUUAGUUUACGACAUUUCCUCGCAUUCAUCCUUCACAUCCCUCCCAACAUUUCUUAUGGAUGCGCGUGCUCUUGCUUCCCCGAGUCUCACUGUCCUGCUGGCCGGUAACAAAAGGGAUCUUGCGACUGACCCCCUACCACAUACAAGCUUCGUCGACGAUGGCCUGAGACCCCCCCAGACACCAUCCAGUACCUCCAGCCGACAAUCCUCGUUCCCGUUCGAUUCGGGCGGAGGGUCGAUGCGUUCGACCAGCAAUAUGGCAACCGGCACGCGGCUGACCGCUACUCAUGCCCCUCAAGGUCGAGAGGUUAUCAGUGAAGAAACUUCUCGCUGGGCGGCCAAAUCGAACAUACCCGUUGCUGUGGAAGUUUCGGCGCUCACGGGAGAAGGCGUUGAAGAAUUGUUCCAUAGAUUGGCCCGUAUAAUUCUUACAAAGAUUGAACUCGGCGAAAUUGAUCCGGACGACCCGCAGAGUGGGAUACAAUAUGGCGAUGGCGGCCUUUACGGGCACGGCACCAGUGAUGUUUCCAGCAUUCGCAGCCAUAUGACCGUCGAUGAGAAUGCCGUGCAUCUGCAUCCUAAGGGCUCAAGAAGACGGAGUGCCAACCGCUGGAGAGGUGGCGUGAGAGAAUGGGAGGAUGUGUUUCGACUAGGUGGCUCCCAUCAAAGGAAAGGUGGUGGAUGCUGCUAA